GCAGGCUCGCACCCUCUGGUCCUUUUUUCCGUGUUAGGACAAAAAGUCAAGACGGCACGAAAGUUUUAAAGGCGAGGUAGGUGGUGUGGUCUGGGUACGAGACUGGCCCGGGAAGAGCUGUAUCUCCUUGAGAAGCGGGAUCAGAGACGUCAGCGCAGGAUUUAAGCCCACCUGUACCGGGGAGGCAGCCCGGUGCAGGCGAGAAGUACCUGGCCGGUUCGAAUUCUGGGUUCUUAACUUCGAGUCUCAGUUUCAUCUUCUGUAAAAUGGGGUCAAUAAUAAUCUACUUCUAAAAGCUUUGAGAGUAAGAAGAAAGAACAAUGUGAGCAUAACCAACACGAAAAUGUCGGUCCCCUUCUCCCCUACUCAGUCCUCCCACUGAGCGAAGGAGGAAUCCGAGGGCUAGAGCGGUAUAGUAAGUCACCCAAGGUCACGCAGCAGCGGUGGGACGGAGCCCACGUGGAGCCCGAUUGGACCUGGGUCUCCCGACUCCCGGGCCAGCCUUUUCUCUCCAUCCAGCCUGCCUAGCCGGGUUACCGCUCAUCUAACUCCACUGCCCACACCCGCACGGUACCCUGCAAUUUGUCACGUGGUUUUGGAGCUGCGCGUCAAGCUGACUAUCCGCAAAAUGGGGGUGAUGCUAAUUCCUGUUUGAUACGGUCGCCACGAACGAAGUUGUGAAACCUGAGCAAGGAGCCCGGCGGGUUAGUGUUUGCCAUCACUAUCUGAUCGUCCCGCGGCCCAGGAAGAGCUGAUCCAAACCCCCGCCGCCACGCAGACGAGGACACUGAGGAAGAGGUCGAGACUGCGUUACCCGCGCUGGUCUGCAAAAAUUGAAGCUACAAAAUGGCUGACCAGGACCCGGGGGGCAUUAGCCCCCUCCAGCAAAUGGUGGCCUCAGGCGCUGGGGCUGUGGUCACCUCUCUCUUCAUGACACCCCUGGAUGUGGUGAAGGUCCGCCUGCAGUCCCAGCGCCCCCCGGUGGCCAGCGAGCUGAUUCCUCUCUCCAGACUCUGGAGCCUCUCCUUCGCCAAAUUGCCCUCCUCUCUCCAAUCUACAGGGAAGUGUCUCCUGUACUGCAAUGGUGUUCUGGAGCCCCUGUACCUGUGCCCAAAUGGUACCCGCUGUACCACCUGGUUUCAGGACCCCACUCGCUUCACUGGCACCAUGGAUGCUUUUGUGAAGAUUGUGAGACACGAGGGCAUCAGGACCCUGUGGAGCGGCCUCCCAGCCACCCUGGUGAUGACUGUCCCAGCCACUGCAAUCUACUUCACUGCCUAUGACCAACUCAAGGCCUUCCUUUGUGGUCGAGCCCUGACCUCUGACCUCUACGCACCCAUGGUGGCUGGCGCACUGGCCCGCUUGGGCACCGUGACUAUCAUCAGUCCCCUGGAGCUGGUACGAACAAAGUUGCAGGCUCAGCAUGUCUCAUACCGGGAGCUGGGUGCCUGUGUCCAAGCUGCUGUGGCUCAGGGCGGCUGGCGCUCACUGUGGCUUGGCUGGGGUCCCACUGCCCUUCGUGAUGUGCCCUUCUCAGCCCUGUACUGGUUCAACUAUGAGCUGGUGAAGAGCUGGCUGAGUGGAUCCAGGUCAAAAGAUCAGACAUCUGUGGGUGUCAGCUUUGUGGCUGGCGGCAUCUCAGGGACGGUGGCCGCUAUCCUGACUCUGCCCUUUGACGUGGUGAAGACUCAGCGCCAGGUUGCACUGGGAGCGGUGGAGGCUGUGAGAGUGACACCCCCUCACGCAGACUCCACCUGGCUGCUGCUGCGGAAGAUCUGUGCGGAGUCAGGCACCAGGGGACUCUUUGCAGGCUUCCUCCCGAGGAUCAUCAAGGCCGCUCCUUCCUGUGCUAUCAUGAUCAGCACUUACGAGUUUGGCAAAAGCUUCUGCCAGAGGCUCAACCGGGACCAGCCUCUGGGCUCUUGAAAAGGACGGGGUGGCCCUCAUCUCUUCCAUGGGUGGGGGCGGGGCAGGAGACUGAGUCAAGUGCCUUGUCCUCAGCACUGAGGAGAGGGGCCUCAUUUCCCUUCCCCAGGGGUAGGAGGCUGCCCCUCUGGGCCCACCCAGGCCCCCCUCAUUCCUGCUGCUCCUCAUUCACAAGCCCCAAGAAUCAUCACUUUUCCACCCCCCUAAAUUCAAGACCAAAUCUGCUAACUGCCCCUCCCCAUGUCCCUUUGUAUUUGCUGUAGCUGGGCCUGCCCCCAGGAGCCACAAAACCCUGGGCCUGGCAUAGUCUGCAUCUGCCCCUGUUAAUUCCUUGAGUCUAAAAAUGAUGAACUUCUCUC